AUGGCUGGGACUGAUGUAGCUCGUUACGCUUGCGACUACUGCAGGCAGAAGAAAUUCAGAUGUACGAGGGAGUUCCCCAAGUGCGGCGCAUGCAAGCCAUGGCCUGGUCCAUGCAACUAUUCGCGGGAUAUUCCGAAUACUGGUACCAGUUCCACGACUACCGCUGCGUUGGCAAGCGGUCAGAAGCCCGAUGAUAUUCAAUUCCGAUUGCAAAAUUUGGAAACAGCAAUUCAAGGCCUCACCGAUAUCGUCAAUAAAGCGGUGGUAGCCAUCAAUGAAAUAUCCUCGAUUUCGAUGAAAGACAAUAAUGCCAUUAUUCCGACUACUUCAGCUGACAAUGACGAUCAGUCUUCGAGAUUAUCUGUUGGCAAGCAGAACUCCUUUGCGGUAUUGGAUGAUGCUACCAAUUCUGUUCAUAGGGUGACUAGAAGCUUGCAUCCGUCACUUCAGCAGAGUGCUGCAACCGAAUUACAGUUCUUAUCUACUUCAUUGACGACAGCAGUAGAUGAUAACCGAUUAAGAAGAGAUUCUUUUUAUGUCCCUCCAAGGCCUCAAGGUUACCAGUUGAUAGGAAAGUUUCUCGAAAGCGUCUGCCUAGGCGAUGCAUUCUUCGUGGCACCAUCUGAAGAGCAAGUCAUCCAAGUGAUUUUCGAUCCGGAACGCGUUUUACGAAAGGCCUGGAUCGUGUACAUCGACUAUAUGAUUCUAGCAAUGCUAUCUGAGGAUCAAAGCACUGAAGCCAAAGGGUUCCGAAACAAUGUGAAGUUAGCCCUCAACGACAGCAAAAUCUUCCUCGAGCCGCACCUCGUACAUCUCCAGGCACUCAUAUUGCUAGCCAUCCAUGGUGAAGAUUAUGCAUCUCCAAGCCUGUCAUGGAUGCUUGUGGGUCAUGCGUGUCGCCAGGCUGAGGCACUAGGACUUCACUUGUCUAAUAACCUAGACUUUGAGACUUAUCAGAGACGACUUAGUUUAUUCUGGAUGCUUUUUGCUGUCGAAAAGUCAUGCUCGUUGGCAUUUGGCCGGCCAUCUUUGCUUCCGUCCAACGCCUUUCCCAAGGUUGAGCUCCCGCAACUGGGACACUUGACACGUUUCCAACCUCGAUCUGAAUCAACAGAUGGGCAAGGACUGUCAUCAGUUUUCGGAGCCCAUAUGUUUCUUGCGCGUAUGAAGCUUGCGCGCUUGACAGGAGACGUUCUAGAUCUGAUCAACAGCGCAGCCGUGGGCUCAAGGAGAGACCAGUUGAAAAUGGACUUGAUUGAGUGGCAGACUCAAACCAAGCAGCUGCUAAAUGGUAUCUUGGACGCCGAAAGGGCUUCGUCUAGUUCGAAUCAGCUGCGAGAAAUGUCACUGGGCAUGAGCACCAUGAAUUUUGAGUAUCUACACAUUUUUAUGGUUCUCACUAGAGCCGAUGCAUCUUGCGUAGACUCAAGACUUGACGCUGCGCGAGAGGCUAUUUCUCUUCUUCCAUCGUUGUUCCAAUUGCUGGCCCCUCUUUGUGAACGUCUUAAGAACGUUGCAAAUGUGUUUCACCGUUUAGUUGUCAUUCUGGUUGAUGGCCAUGGCACUUCAGAGCAGGACAAAGAUUUGACUCAGUCUACCUCCGAUGGGAAUGCAUUAGACGUCAGUAACUUGGAUAACUAUGCCGUCAAGACUUUCGAAGACAUUCAGGUUGAGCUGGGCGACGAGACUGGGGUUGACUUGAGACAGUAUUUGGAAUGGCUUCCAGCAGAUGUAUUUACCGUUGAAUCUGUGCCACUUGGAGAUGUAUCAGCUGGGGUUAUGGCCAGCGAGACAUUGAACAACUUUGUAACCGGCGUGCAAGAGGAUGGUUCACGUGGCACGAAGCGCCCGUUCGACGUCAUGUUUGACUGGUUUUCAUGGGAUUAUCAUGACUAG